UUCCUCUCUGUCACACUUUGAAAACCGUAUCACGAUAAUGACGCGAACGUUUAGCAGUGAAAUCGGGCUCAUCCUUUUAUUCGUCGUCGCCUUUUCGCGUGAUUUUGGAGUAGAGUCUUUUUCGUUCACAACUGUUCGAACUUUCUGUACUUCAAUUCCCUGUUCUCCAUCAACGUGCUCUCCUUCCCAAUUCGAAUGCAUGAAUAAGAGAUGCAUUCGUCGUAGCCGGGUGUGCGAUGGUAGAAAUGACUGCGGGGAUCGUUCUGACGAGCAAACUUGUGGAACGCGAGCACAGAAGAGGACAAAAAACGUUCCAGUAACAACGACAAGUGACACUUCAGUGGAGCCGCUAGGUAACACUGCUGGAAAAUUGCCAGAUAACAUUACUUCGAAGACGAAAUCGGAAACAUGGUUUUUGAUGAGAAAAAAUUCGGGUUCCAGAACAGACGAAUGGGAUCGUCAAAUCCAUCGAAUCGCCGUCGCUUUGUACUUGACAAACAACAACACUUUCAGUCCUGGAAACAGUACGGGAGAGGAAAUCCGUUCUGAAUUGACGAUGCAACUUCUUCACCGCCUCACCAAAAAUAAUAAAAUGAGUUCGCAAGAACUUGCCCUGUACAUUCAUGCCCUAUUGGUGGCCUGCGUGGACCCAGCGAAUUUCUACGGCGAAGAUCUGGUUCGAGAGUUGCGCAGGAGAGUGGAGGCUACUGGAAACUACACCAAUCCUUUCCUAAUUCUCGCUUUAUGCAACGCGGGGGAUGCUAUGACCAUCACAGACGUGAAUAGAGUGACAACAGCCUAUUACUCGCAGCACAGGCCAUUCUGGACAGAUUCUCAGGCCUUGGCAAGCAUGGCCCUGUCCUGCAUCUGUUCUCGUGCUGGUAUGUGCGUGAACUGGCGAAUCCUGAAGGACAUGUUGCAACAGCUGAAAAGGCACCAGUCCAAAAAUGGGACGAUCAACAACUUACGGACUACUGCGCUUGUCACCCAGGCCUUGUUUAUCAAUGAUUCCUACAAGAAGGAUUUCGACCUAGAUUCAGCCACGAAGAUUUUAAUCGAUGGCCUGAAUGGAAGCAAGUCUAUUCUGAAUGCCUAUUACACUCUUCCCGCCCUUCAUCGAAAAAGCUUGCUGGACAUCAAUUCCAGUCACUGCAGCAAAGAGCCGGUUGAGGAAAAGGACGCUUUGCAAAACGUGUUGAAUAUCAACGGGGAAACAGUAACUGUCCAGUGUGCUGUUUGGAUGGGUGAAGAAAAGAACCUCAGUCGAACUUGGCGGUUGAAAAUGAGUGCAAACAGCACUGUUUAUGAUGCUAUAGAGACUUUGGCAAAGAUAGAUAACAGACGGGAGGUCGAGUACUACGUCGUGGAUGGUAAGCCUUACGUCGCGGCAUUCAAUGGAACGGAAGACGAUCCAGAGAUGGAAAUGUUUUGGUUCAUAUACCUGAAAACUCUAAGCUCUGACGAAGAUCCGAAGAUCGUGGAAGAAAGUCCCGUGGACGUAAAACUUAAGCCUAGUCAAGAAAUUAUACUGUGGUACAGGCAUGGUCCGUGGAACAAUCGGAACCUGAUACAAAUGUCUACUACAUUAUCUUAAAUAUCGUUUUUGAAUAAUUCUUCUUUAUAUGAGUAUAUUUUAAUACAUUAAAUUGCUAUGCUUCGAAAGAUUCAGUUGAAAUGAUGCUCAAAUAAAACGAAAUUACUUCAGUUUUUA